UUUAGGUGUCUUCAUAAAAUGCCUGCUGCCGCUCGGUUUCUUUUUUCAAGAUGGCGUCGAUGAGGGAGAGCGACACCGGCCUGUGGCUUCAUAACAAGCUGGGCUCGGCGGACGAGCUCUGGUCUCCCCCCAGUAUCGCCUCGCUGCUCACGGCCUCGGUCAUCGACAAUGUGCGGCUCUGCUUCCACAGCCUGUCCUCCGCCGUCAAAAUCAAACUGCUCCUGGGGAUGCUGCACCUCCCGCGCCGAACCGUGGACGAGAUGAAAGGCGCUCUGACUGAAAUCAUCCAACUGGCUACCUUAGACUCUGAUCCCUGGAUAUUAAUGGUAGCUGAUAUUUUGAAAACCUUUCCAGAUACAGGAUCCUUAAAUCUUGACCUCGAGGAGCAAAAUCCAAAUGUUCAGGACAUCUUAGGAGAACUUCGAGAAAAAGUUAGUGAAUGCGAGGCUUCUUCAAUGCUACCUCUGGAGUGUCAGUAUCUAAACAAGAAUGCCCUCACAAUGCUGGCCGGACCACUUACUCCUCCAGUGAAACAUUUCCAACUCAAGCGCAAACCAAAGAGUGCCACGCUCAGGGCUGAGCUUUUACAAAAAUCCACAGAAGCUGCACAGCAACUGAAAAAGACAGCAGGAGUUCCAUUUCAUGCGAAAGGAAGGGGCCUGGUGAAAAAACUGGACACAACAACUCCUUUGAAAGGCAUACCAAAGCAAGCUCCAUUCAGGAGUCCAACUACACCUAGUGUAUUUAGCCCAACGGCAAACAGAACACCCAUUGCACCUUCCAGAACACCGCUGCGGAAAGAGAGAGGCGUCAAGUUUUUGGACAUAAAGGAACUGGACAUGGUGGGCGCAGGCCGAGAAGCCAAGAAGAGGAGAAAGACUGUUGAUGUGGAAGUUGUGGAAAAACCCCCAAAAGAAGAGCCUGUUGUGGAAAGUGCUACUCCGGAUUAUGCUGCUGGCCUUGUACCUACUACACAAAAACUUAGUGCUCUGAACUCGGAGAGUGCACUUCCAUCUACCAGCUACAUGCCUGCCACCCCGAGUGUGGUACCAUCCUCCUCUUAUAUCCCAACGUCAGAAGCACAGCAGGCUGGAUCUGUACGGGAAGCCUUGCAGACUACGAGACAAACUGAGGAGUCCAUACCUUCUAGCAAUCCACCCUUUAAGCAAAGGACUCCUAUGUAUCACAGCAAUUCCAAUGCCGCUGCUGCUGUCACCACACCAACACCUGCAGCCACGCCUACCUCUCCUCUAACACCUGCAGCGCCUCCACUCGUGUCUCCAGCAGCUCCGGCACCUCAGAUCACCACUCAAACUCAACCUCAGCCCAAAAAAAGUCUCUCUCUCACAAGAGAACAAAUGUUUGCUGCACAAGAAAUGUUCAAGACUGCAAACAAGGUUACAAGGCCAGAAAAGGCCCUUAUACUUGGUUUCAUGGCAGGUUCCAGAGAGAACCCAUGCCCAGAACAGGGUGAUAUCAUUCAAAUCAAGCUCAGUGAAUACACAGAAAUUUUGCCGAAAGCAGAUGGCACAGGCAGCACCACAAUGUUAGUGGACACUGUGUUUGAAAUGAACUAUUCUACUGGCCAAUGGACCAAGCUUAAAAAAUAUAAGCCUAUAACCAAUGUAUCAUAAUGAAUUCCAGAAAGGAACUAUGGACCAAACCAGACUUUCUCUCUGGUUCCUGUUUAUGCCUAAGCCAACACCACGAAUCUAAUGGAAACAAAUAUGGUGGGACGUAAACAAGAAAAGUGGCACAGGAUGCAUUACCUUCAGCUGAAUUCAAAGAGAAAUUUGAUGUCUAUUAAACAAGUUCUUUAAGCAAGAUUUACAGAUGAAAAAUUGGCCAGUUUUUGUACUACAAAAGUCUGUUUUAACGUGAUACAAUUGGAUACAGAUAUGGUUUGGUUUGAAGAUUCUUGCAAACGAUCUUGUAUUUUGUGACCCUUUAUUUCUGCCCUCUUCGUUUUUCGUUUUUGUCCGCCUCACAGGUUACUUUUUAACCCCUUAAGUGCCAAGGACAUUCUAUGCUAUCAGUUUCAUCUGUUCAUCAAAGACCCCUUUCUAACAUGGAAUGUCCUACUUGUUUGUAGUUUACAGUGGCCUCCCUAUUACUAAAUGGGCAGUCUCUUGUCAAUGUAGUUUCCAUACACAAAAAGUAUUUGGUCUUUAAUGGGGUGUUGAUGGCUAGUGGGUUUGGUUUUUUCCCAUUGCUGCCUUUAAAAUGUUAUGCUACCAAGGCUUUUUUUCCCUCUAAAAUAAAGUGAUUUGUGCAAACACAGUUUUCACUUAAAAUAAGCAGGUUGGUCAUAAUAUAGUUGAAUUGGAGGAUUCUUCCAUAAUUUUCCAACUUCGGGUUUUCCUCUUUCCCUCUGUAGUGAAUAAACCCCAUAAUCUUUAUCUCCAGAUUAUUAUUUUGUUUUAGUCUGUUGGUGUUCACCUCUCAUGCUGGACAUUUGAAGUGGACACCCCUGCCACUGCUUAACAUUGUGAUAUCCAGAUUGUUUUAAUACUUAUUACUCCUGACGAGUACAAGGCAUCCUCAAAAGCUGACCUCUGUAGACCCAGACCAAGCAUAAUCUUGUGAAUGUGAAGUAGCUGAGUAAUGCCAUGUGUUGCUCAACCCCUUUGGCAUGAACAGAGUUUACGAAACGGACCCUCUGUCACUUUUGCAAACAGAAGUAUGGAGGGAAAUACACAAAUUCCAUUUAUAGAAGUAACACAUUUUCUUUUGGUUUAAAGAAACUCCUCAAACCCAUAAUGCAUUUCAGCUUGCAGUUAAGUGUCAGAUCUGUUGCCUAAUAUAAUGGCAAUUUAGAGAUAUAUGCACUCUUUUAUAAGGCUCUAGGUUGCACCCUCCCAACUGUCUGCUCUUCCUUGUACAUUUUUAGGGUUCAAUGUUUCUCUAUGAGCAGUAUUACUGGUAGAUUGUGGAAGUUGCUGCGCCCUGCCUCACAGUGCUUCUCUUUGUGAAGCGUUGGUUGACCAGGAGAUGAUCAUCCCUAAUGAUCUCCUGGACACAGUGCGGUGUGGAGGCCAUCUCACUGCUGUAUUAGUAAUAAAGUAACCGAUUUUACAGGAUGCUGAAAAGAGUUGCAAAAUGGCUAGCCAAGUUAACAGCUUGGGUGAAAAUGUUUAGGCGUCCUAAAUUAAAGGUUAAAAGAAGUAAAGCC